CUCAAGCUCCCAAUCCCGUGGAGUCAGUAUCAUCCAAAAUGGCCAACUUAAUGGGUCCUUCUUUCCCGCCAAUUCUGAAGCAAUUGAGCAACACUCAAACUGCGGAGAAGAAGACUGCCCCCGUGCGGUUGAGGAGUAACUCAUACGCGCUCGUGCCCAAUGCAACAGGCAGUCAUCUCAUGGGGUAUCCGUCGUCUGGUACCGAAGAGACCCCCGACACAAGAGCGAUAGUGCCGCAACCAGGCAAACGGGUAAACGGGGUGCACGUUGUGGCUGUGACGCUGUCGUACCUGCUGCCUAUGGUACGGGGUUCGCCUCAGUUGUGGUCAGAAAUAUUGGAAUACAUCGACAUUGCUAUACGCACAGGAGGGACAGUCCUACUGGACAUGGUAGGUUCAAGCGCUUACUGCUUUGUGUUCUACGCAAGUAUACUAUCCAAUAUGUGA